AUGCUCAACAAGACCGCGGCGAGCGGCAAGGGUCAAUUCGGUGACCUCACCGACGACCUCCUCCGGCACGUGCUGUCCUUUCUGCCUGCGGCUGAUGCUCUGCAGACUUGCGUGCUCGACACCCGGUGGCGCGACCUCUGGAGGCGCACCACCGACCUCCUCCUAGUCUUUGAUGAGACCAGUUUCCCGAGCUCCGGGCGUUUCAAACAGCUGGUGAAACUCUUCAUCCACCUCCGGGGAAACUCACCUCUCGACAAGUGCAAGAUCGUUGCCUGUGUUGAUGAUGAGGAGGGGUGCACAUACACAAACACCAUGCUGUUGAUCAAGUACGCUCUAAAGUGCCAAGUUAAGGAGCUCCUACUCAGUGUUGCUGUUGAAGAUGAUGACACUGUGUACGACCCAAUAAUACUUGAUGCGCCUCUCAUCUCCCAGCACUUGAAGCUCUUACACCUCGAACAGGUUAACCUGAAAUUCUCCGCUCUGAAUUUCUCGCGCUGCCCGGUAUUAGAGGAUCUAAAGAUGCAACGUUGCGGCAUUGAUGGACGCAGGAUAUCUUCCAAAUCACUAAAGCGUUUGUGCAUUUCCGACUUCUGUUACUUCCCUGAGGAUUUCCACGUUCGGAUAUUUGCCCCGGGUCUUAUCUCUUUGCAACUUGAUGGUUUUAAUGGCUUGACCCCUUCCCUUGAAUACAUGCCAUUUCUAGAAAUAGCUUAUGUUGGGCUUCGCGAUGAAUGCUAUGAUUUCUGUCGUAGUAACCGGCAGGAUUGUGAGUUUGAUGACUGUGGCUGUCAUGCUUAUCCCGUUGGCGAAGGUGUGCUUCUCCAUGGUUUGUCCAAUGCUGUGAAUUUGGAGUUGAUUGCUGAUCAUGGAUCUGAAAGGUUUAUCUACACAUGGGAUUUAAAAUGCUGCCCCAUAUUCGACAAACUGAAGACUCUAUUACUCAGUGAGUGGUUUACAACUGUUGACUUGGUGUGCAUUCUCCAACACUCUCCAAUUCUUGAGAUGCUCACUCUUCAGCUGGAUAACACUAAGAAACUCGUUAGAGCAACAGGAGCCCAAGAAAUGAUCGACCAAUCAUUUGUGUGCUUGCACCUUAAGGUUGUCAACAUUGAAUGUAGAAAGGUUGACGAGGGAGUUCGCAAAAUUUUGACGAUCUUGAGUACAUGUGGCAUACCUCGUGAGCAAAUUGGCAUCAAGGAGCAAUUACGUUACUCAGACCGUUUCAGUUUCCAGAAGCCUCUGUAG